GAAAGCUUCACGUGUGUGAGGGUAGACAGUAUUAGCGACGUUCAUCAACUGAUGUUUCAAAGGAUUCUACGAAAAAGCUGAAAACAUUCAAAAAAGCAAGUGUGAUAUGAAAUUUAGAAAUAUAAAAAGUGCCGUCUUUACACCAAGUCCAGGAUCUCGGCUAGAAAACACUGAUGCUGCACCAGGUGUGUAUUCUUCUUCUUCCACCAAAAACACUGUAGGCAGUUCUAGUUCUGGGCAAUCGUCUUCAACUCCUUUGAAAAAUAUUCUCGUUAAACAAAAGCGAAAUGAUUGGUACUAUAUAUCGUAUGCUUGCCUUGCAGGGGCCUGUGGUGCUCUGUCAGCUGUGGUUGGCAAGCUGGCAGUGACUUCGACCAACGCACCAGAAUUAGCGAAUCAUACUCUCAAAACACUAGACUAUUAUCACGCUUAUUUACCUAUUCCUGGAGUUUCCUCAGUAAUUAUGUCGAAGUGGAUGGUAUCUGCGCUUCCAUUGGUGUUUCGCAGUAUUUUUUUAAUAACCAAUGUUGUCCUUACAGGGCAGAUGUGGUGCUUUUACCUAAAGGCGCUUUCGGUAGGUCCCACGCCUGUAUGCCAAAUCCUCAAUACGGGAACUAAUUUCGCCGUAAGUGCUUUUGUAGGAAUCUUUUUUUUUCUAGAGGAGGUGAAUGUAAUGUGGGUGUGCGGUGCGCUGAUGGUGUUUGUGGGUCUUGCACUCAUCGUCAUGGAUCCUUCUGCCUCUCCGGCAAAAUAGUAUGACUUUAUUUGCAAUUAAACAGUAUGCAUCAUAAGAUAUUUGUUUAAACUUCAAAAAAAGGGCUGAAUCACUUAUUCCAAAAGCAGUAUCAAAGAAAUAAAGUUAAAGGGUCUAUUCAUAAAGAUAUUUGAACUGCUUCUUUAUAUAUUUGGGGAGAAUAUUCAAACAACCGUAAUUAUCAAUAGGAAGCUGCUAUCAUGUUAUGGACAAGAAGAAACAGGUGCACAAGGCGGCAGGAGUUCUUGUUUGGCUUGAAUGUGUUCAUUAUAAUUUCGAGUAUCUGUUAACUUAGACGUUUUGUAUUUAAUUGACAGAUACUUUUCAUUUUGUGUGGAUUUUAUAGUACUGCCUCAUUUUAUUCUGAUAACAGUUAUUAGAGUGAAAUUUUACAUCAAGAACCUUUUAUUUAUCCCAUAUUUUACCUGGAGAGUGAGUGUGUUUAACAUGGAUUCAAUUAGAUUUUCACAAAAUUAAGAUAUGUGAAGACUCCAUAAAGUUUUAGUUAUUCCAAUGAAUUGCUAUUUUCCCUUUUGGCAUCUUCA